CAAAUAUCCGAGGUCGCAGAGAGCGCCCUUACCAUACUAAGCUCCUGACAUACCAAACUGCUCACCACCAAGCCACGACAUUCUUUUGUUGCACUACAUGCUCUUGAAUUUGGUAUCCCGUGUGUAGCGAUUCUGAUAAAUUCCUUUUCGUGCUUGACGAAUCAGUGUCAUGUUUACGGCAAGAGCACUCCGGUGCGCUCAUGCCACACCUCUCGCCCGACGUGCCGCGCUUCACCCACCAUAUCCACAGGCGUCAAUUCGACUGAACUCGUCGUCCGCCAUUGAUACGGCCAAUGAGCAAAAAACGCAAAAUGAUAAACAAACAGAGGCUCCGCACCAGGAGGAGGUUGAACGGCUGGUUCCGAAUUCACCUAGUCUCAACGCCUCCCUUGGUGUAAAGAACAUGAACAAAGCCAAGCAACUAAGCUCCGACAUUCGAAGACUUGGCUAUGAGCUUGAUCGGAUAUAUGGUCGACAACGCAUUAUCCGGAAAGCAAGCCCAUACAGAGUGCGAAUUGGGGCUAAACGCACUGCGUUCAACGCGCGCGCCGAGACUGAGACGCACCCUGAAGUCCGAGACGGGAAGAUGUUCCUUCUCGAUAGACUGAUACCAAAUAUCUGGUUGCGGGACAAUUGUCAAUGCAAAGUUUGCACGCAUGACGCCACCAAGCAACGCCUUCUGGAUACAUUUUCCAUCCCCAAGGACAUCUCGAUUAAGUCGCACUCGGCUGAAACAAGAGGGUCUGAGACGAUUCACAGACUUGAAUGGAGUGAUGGACAUGAAAGCGAAUACUUGAGGUCUUUUAUCUCGCAAGCUAUGGCCAACGAGAGCGAGAAGGCCGUACAGCGUCAAGCUCUUACCGAUAUCAAACUUUGGGACUCGUCCAUCGCUUCGGACCCACCGAAGACUCUGUAUCGUUACGCAAUGAAUCUUAAGAAGAACAACGACCUACUUUCAAGGUUGCGCAAAUUCGGAUUCUGCUACGUCGAUAAGACGCCCUUCGAGGAUCCAAAGGCCACGAAGAAGAUGCUGGAAAGGAUUGCCUUCAUUAGAGAAACACACUACGGCGGCUUCUACGAUUUCACGGCCGACCUAGCGAGCAAGGAUACCGCAUACACCAACAUCGCACUAGAAGCACAUACUGACACUACCUACUUCUCCGAUCCAGCCGGCCUACAAGCUUUCCACCUCCUCUCACACACCGACGGUGAAGGCGGUGCAAGUCUCCUGGUUGAUGGCUUCAAAGCUGCGGACGAGCUCUGGCAGACCGACCGCAAAGCAUAUGAGAUCCUUUCAACGGUAAAUGUCCACGGACACGCUUCAGGCAAUGAAGGCAUUUCAAUACAACCCUACCGCGGCUUUCCCGUCCUCGAGCACGAUAUCGCUACGGGAGACUUGCUCCGCGUCCGGUGGAACUCGUCAGAUAGAGCAUCCAUUGAACUCCCCAUCGAGGAAGUCGAGACAUGGUACGAUGCAGCUCGCAAAUUCGACGCGAUACUCAAGAAGAAGGAAAAUGAGUAUUGGGAACAGCUUGUGCCGGGUAGAGUACUCAUCUUCGACAACUGGAGGGUGUUGCACGGGCGGAGUAGCUUUACAGGGAAGCGCAGGAUUUGUGGGGCGUACAUCAAUAGGGAUGAUUGGAUCAGCAAGUUUAAGAUGCAGCAUUUCGGAAAAGAGAAUGUGCUGAAGGGGUUGGCUGUAAACUAAGGAUGGAGAUGAGGGGGAUGAUGGGGAUAUAGAAAGUGUCGAGAUAUCGUAAUACGGCGCGGGAUGUCGCUGAUCGUGUUUGUAUAGAACAUCGUCUCAAGGACCAAAAAAACGUGUGCUGAAACUUGAUGUUGGUUCCUCAGAACUUAUGUAC